GAUUAGGGGUUGGUCGCCAGUGCGUAGGCUACUACAUGUUUAAAUCGAGCGAAAGGACUCCCUUAGCAGGGGACACAAACAAGCCGAUGUUGCGGGAACACAACGUUUGCAUAAGCUGAUACGAUGGAUUUCAAUGUCAAAAAGCUCGCUUCAGACGCAGGGGUGUUCUUUACUCGUGCAGUCCAGUUCACAGAGGAGAAACUGGGUCAAGCAGAGAAGACUGAGCUGGAUGCCCAUCUGGAGAACCUGCUGGCUCGAGCCGACUGCACCAAGAACUGGACUGAGAAGAUCUUCAGACAAACUGAAGUGCUGCUGCAACCCAACCCAAUUGACCACACAGGUGCCCGUAUAGAGGAGUUCUUCUAUGAGAAGCUGGAUAAGAAGCUCCCCUGCCGGACUACAAACGGGGAGCUACUGGGCCAGUACAUGUUGGAUGCGGCCAGGGACUUUGGCCCCGGCACACCCUAUGGCAGCACUCUGGUCACGGUGGGAGAGUACCAGAAGAGACUUGGAGGAGCAGAGCGGGAGUUCCUUCAGACUUCAGCCGUCAACUUCCUGGCACCUCUCCGCAACUUCCUGGAGGGAGACUGGAAAACAAUCUCAAAAGAGAGGCGUCUCCUUGAGAACCGGCGUCUGGACCUCGACAUCUGUAAAGCACGUCUGAAGAAAGCCAAACAAGCUGAGGCCAAAGCUGCGGCCGCCCCAGACUUUCAGGAAACCAGGCCUCGAAACUACGUCCUGUCUGCUAGCGCCUCCGCGGCGGAGCAGGAGCUGCGUGUGGCCCAGACUGAGUUUGACAGACAAGCGGAGGUGACGCGCCUCCUGCUGGAGGGGAUCAGCAGCACACAUGUGAACCACCUACGCUGCCUGCAUGAGUUUGUGGAGGCCCAGGCCACCUUCUACGCUCAGUGUCACCAGGCCAUGCAGGAGCUGCAGACUGAGCUGCGCAGUGCUAAUGGAGAUACAUUUCCGAACGCGUUGUCGGCGAACCCUUCCACCUCCUGCCCCUCUCCCGUGUCCCCGGCGCUGCGGACCCCGACACCCGGCGCUCUGCAGGAGGAGCAGCAGCCUGCCACCGGCGCACGGAAGGCCAGGGUCCUGUACGACUACGAUGGCCACGAUGCCUCCGAGCUAUCUCUGCUGGCCGAUGAGCUCAUCACCGUGUACACUGUGCCAGGCAUGGAUCCUGAUUGGCUGAUGGGAGAGAGAGGCAACCAGAAAGGAAAAGUACCCGUGACAUACCUGGAGCUGUUGAGCUAGAGGUGGUGCAGACUUGCUUCCUCUCAGAUUGAUGGAGUUACCUGGGCAACAACCCUGUUAGCAGUGGGAGAUUGUGCGUGUGAUGGCAUGAAGAGAGAAGAUGAGCCUGCUCUUAUUGAUAACAGUAAUGGCAUCAGUAUCUUCAGAGCAGGGCAGACAGGUAGAGUAGCUGUAUGAACAUAGCUGAAUAAUAAUCUUAAUACAAUUAUAGUGCAAUGGUGAAAUGGGUUCUAACAACUUACACCUCUAUCAACAAGGCCUCAUCUGAUGUUUAUGAACAUUUAUUUAGAAUUAAAGCAAUACAUAUUUAUGGAUUUAGAUUCCUCAGUUUUCCCAGGCAGUUUUCAGUUUACUGCGAGUUUUCCAUGCUGUUUGCAUGCUUUUGAUGGUUGUAACAAAAACAAUCAUUACAAGAUAUUUCCGAUCAGACAACCUUAAGCCAAUUUUUUGUUUGAAAUUAUGCCAGAAGAUUGAAAGCCUGAACUCAUCUUGUGGGUUAACAGUGUUUGUCAGAUUUAAAGUCUAAAUAAUUUGUGUGCGUUAUCAGGUCUCCAUGGUUAGGUUUUGAACAUUCUAGAUGUCAUCAAUAAAGUGUACUGUAAGUAACUAAGUAGUUCAGACGUGUUGAUUCUAUUUGUCUCUGAUUCACCCUCUUGCCCUUCAAUAUGGAUUCCAGAAUUCAAGAAAAGUGGACUUAUCACUUGCAUCAUGUUUAACUAAUUUAUUUACAGUCAAUGUUUGGACAGUUUAAUGCUCUAAAUACUCUGGUCAGGGUGUGUCCAGAAAGACCUGUCUCUAUUUUUGUUAGUUUAUAGUUAUACAUUUGUGUUUCCCAUUAGCAUAUGAUGUUUUAUGAAUAUUAAAACAACCCUGUCUGACAAAACCACCAUGCAACACAGUCCUUUCAGAUCUGCAAAAGAGUCAAAUGUAUUGGAUCAAUUAUGUUUGUGUGCGUGUGUUAAUGUCUUUGUGUACAUAUAUACCUCAAUAUCUGCACCUGUUUAUGUUUAUGCUUAAAUGUUGUUAUUGUAUGAAUGAAACCUUAAACAAAUAAAAAUCCUGUUGAAACUGA